CCACGUUUCCUUUUGGUUUAUGACAUAUAUAAAACUUAUCAUAUUCAUAUUUUCAGAUCCGAUUUAAAUACGCAUCAAUACCAAUUCACGAUGUUUAUACCAAGAAUAACAGCAAAAGCAAAAUAUGAAUCAAGUGGAAUUCUUAUAUUAAUUCAAGCAUCAGGUGGAGGAAAUUACUGGGGCGAAUACGAGGGGGUUAAAAUCAAAGUGUACUUAAGAGGAUCUCCUCGAGAUAUUAACGGAAGAACAUACUUAAUUGUUCAACAAAUGAAGAUGGACUUCAAUGUGAAGGAGAUUAAAAUGGGAGUUGAUGGUAUACAUAAUGGCAACACUGUUCUACAGGCAGCACUUAAUUUAUUUAUAAAUAGCAAUUCACAAGAAUUACUGAAAGAAAUGAAACCACAUCUGAAGAAGAAGCUCUUAAUUCUUAUGCGAAAUUUCGCUGAUAAGAUAUUUUCUCAGGUACCUUAUGAUGCGUUUUUGGUAUAAUUUAUUCUAAUUUAGUGAUAUGUUAUUAUUUAUAUUGUAUAUUUCUGUAAUAAAUAGUUGAUUCGAGUA